AUGCAAAUCGAAUUGACCGCAAAAGCAAAUGACAGCAAUGUGGGAUAUGCCGCUGUUGGAUUCUCCUUGGACAAUAUGAUGGGUGAUGAGAGCGUUAUUGAAUGCUCAGCACUUAAUGGAGAUUCAUUAGCUCUGAAAAUAUCGUACAACAUCAAUGCCACUGCUGAUCCAUCCACAAAGGGUAAACCUACAAACCAGAGAUUGUCCGGAAUCGAGGCGAUAUCACAUAACACCUUUGAUGCUUCCACAUUCCGCUUCAGUGGGAAUAAAGCAACCCUUGGACAGUCCAAGGGUUGCUUUAUUCCCACUGAAGCGGAAUGUUACCAAGGCUGUAAUGGAAUGCGAUUUUCCUGGUUGAUGAAGUCAUCUAAUCUGCUGGAAAUCGAGUUGUCGGUGAGAAUGGAUACAAAUGGUAACGCUGGUUAUGUCGGUGUUGGAUUUUCGACAGAUGAUAUGAUGGGUGACGAAAGUGUCAUUGAGUGUUCAGCACUCCAAGGAGAACCUCUGUCACUGAAACUGUCCUAUAACAUCAACGGAUCCACUACGACAGAUGGUGAACCUACAAAUCAAAGGCUAUCAGGCGAUCAGGUAUUCAAAUAUUUUGUCAACGCAACAGCGUCGCUCUCAGACGGAAUGAUUUACUGCUCAGCAGUACUGAAUAUUGCCGACGCCGUGAGCGAUGGCCGCCUGAAGUUCGACACUGGUGCACUAUACUAUUUGCUUAUGGCCAAUGGUCCUACAUCUGCAAAUGGACUUCUUCAUCAUGUUCAUGAUGUCACCUCCGUAAAACCUCUGAACCUUUCAAACGUAGUUCCUAGUUUCGACACGGAUUCAUGCGGAAUACUCAAAGGAUGUUUUCUCGCAUCAAAUCCUGACAAUACACCCAGUGGAGUCGCUGUUUCCUAUCAUGUGGGCAAUGACUCCUUUAUCUACUUCGAGCUAGUGGCUCCAUCUACAUCGAAGUAUGGAACUUUUGUAGCUGUUACAUUCUCCCUCGAUGGCUCCAUGGCGAACACACCAGCAGUAGAGUGCUCGUCGCUUGGUACGGAUGAUCUCUCAAUGAAAUUCUCCUACAAUGAUGCAUCCGGAAAGAAUGUACGAAUCGCAGGAGAAGAAAGCAUUCGUAACUCAUAUUUUACCUAUGAAUCAGCAGUAUUCCAAGAUGGUCAGAUCUACUGCAAAGCUUUGGUAAAUGUACAAGGAUCCCCAGUAAGCAAUGAGAUAUUCACCUACACAACGAGUCCGUACGUUCUUAUACUGACUACGGGCGGUACUGAUAAAAAUGGUCUUCUUCCACCAACAUCUAGCUACACAGCAGCGCUUGCCACGCCGUUAUCCCGUAACGAGGCUAAAUUCAAUGCUGGUACUUGUAAUGUAGAAAAGAACUGUGUUCUUCCCGACGAAUGCUACCGAGGAUGCAAUGGGAUGGGCUUUUCCUAUAAGGGCAACGACUACGUAAUUGAAUGCUCUGCUCUACCAAACCAAGAAUACUCACUGAAAUUUUCCUAUAACAAUGACUCUCCUAGAAAUGUGCGCAUUCCCGCUGAAGAGAGUAUUGAAUCGACAUAUUUCACGCAAAGCAACAUCGUCACCGUCGAUGGAGAACUGUAUUGCUCAGCUGUAGUGGAUGUAUCUGGAUGGGCACUAAAUGAUCAGGUAUUCACUUACAACCCUGCACAGGCCUACUAUCUUCUGCUAGCCAGUGGCUUCACUGACAGUAAUGGGCUCACCAUACAUAAGCACACUUAUGUUUCGACUCCUCGGUUGUUGGAUGAAAGCGAUACUCCUCCGAAUUCGUUCAACACCGCCACAUGCGGUACCAAGAAGGGCUGUUUUAUUUCUGAUCAACCAAAUGCUAUGAGAGCAUCUUAUCAAGUUCUCUCCGCUCAAUUUAUUCGUAUCGAGCUUUCUAUGAAAACUUCUACUAUAACAUCAUUAUAUCUUGCUCUGGGCUUCUCCUUCGACAAUCAGAUGGGAAACGAUAAUGUUAUCGAGUGCUCAGCUCUUACUGGGCAGUCAUUAUCGAUGAAAUUUUCAUACAAUCCAAGUCAUACAAAUGCGCGAAUCAAAGGAGAAGAGACUAUCAGAUCACAGUAUUUUCAAAAUGAGACCGCAGCGAUUACUGAUGGAGUACUGUACUGCACAGCCGUAGUAGAUGUUCGUGGUUGGCCCUCUUCGAAUGGGCAGGUGUUCCAAUACAAUGCAAAUCAGACCUAUUACUUGCUGCUAGCUGCCGGCUCAGCGCUCAGUUCAAGCCUCACACAACACAAAACAACGGAUGUAUCCAGUCCACGAUUGCUAACGGACUACGAUGCCGACUCCAGUAACGGAAUGAAUUCGACAACCAAGGGCAGCCUAAUUAAAGCUCAUGCUAUUCUUAUGUUGCUCGCAUGGUUCAUCUUUGUACCGACCGCUGCUAUGUUUGCUCGAUUCUUACGAUCUAGCUGGCCUACGCUUAGACCUGGAGGAAUACUCAUCUGGUUCCACGUUCACCGUACCUCUAAUUCGAUAGCUAUCACUUUGAUGACGGCUUCUUUCAUAUGCAUUCUGACAGCAAACAAUUGGAAAUGGAAAGGACCAGGAUCCCACUCUGGAAAGUGGGUUGAAGCGCAUACAAUGAUUGGAAUUAUUGCCCUAUGUCUAGCGUGGAUGCAACCAUUUGUCAGUGCGAUGAGAUGCAACCCAUCACAUCCGCGUCGACCAUACUUUAACUGGGUCCACCGCGGAAUAGGUGCUACUGCAAUGGUCUUAGCUACAACUGCGAUUGCCAUCGCUGCCUACCACUUCCUAAGCAUUUGGCCUCAUCAACUGAUUCAACUCGUACUAUCACUCGUGCCACUCGUUCUAAUCCUCUCAAUGAGCACAGGUUUCCUGCUUGUUGAUAGGAAGGACAUCAUAAACGAUUUGAACUUCAAAAAAGUUCAAAGAAAUCGUGAACUUGUUGUGUAUAUAGCUGUUAUAAUUACAGCAGCUGUUGCCAUCACAUUAUCCGUAUUCGUAGGAAUUGGAGCAUAA